AUGGCGGCUAUUGAAAAUAAUGAAGAGGGCCUUUUUAUGGCCUGUUUUGAAGACGUUGCGGCAUUGUUAGAUAUUUGUGAAGAGCAAGACGGCAACAUUGAUCAAAAUGUUAUUGAAUCAGUAAUAAACCAGUUAGAAUCCGCUGUAAAAUUCGUGGAAAAUGUGUUGCCAUCUGUAAACGAAUGUAGAGAUGUUAUAUCUGAGGUUGGAAACAACUUGAAACUCUUAUAUCAUGUGUGGUGUCGCAAACUACAAGAACUUUGGCAGAGAAGUAACACAGCCUGUACUCACUUGGCAGUCUUUUCCAUUAGUCCUCUUGGACAUUGUAUAAGUGCAGGACCAGGAAGGCCUAAAUAUAACAUUGAUGAAGAAGUUUUGUUAAACCUAAGGACUCUAGGCUUUAAGUGGAAAGAGAUUGCUCAACUAUUGUUGGCUUCACGUUGGACUAUAUCGCGCCGAGUACGAGAGCUGGAUAUUGUGGCAAGAACUGCAUUUUCGGACAUCGGAAAUGAUCAGCUUGAUGAUAUUGUAAGAGCUUUCAUGAAUGUUCAAGGAAUUCUAGUUGGCUAUUCAAUGGUUCAAGGUCACCUGAGAAAUAUGAACAUAAAGAUACAAAGAGAUCGUAUUCAAGCAUCCAUAAAACGAGUUGAUCGUCGCAAUAGUCAUUUGAGAUGGGCAACUGUAAUUUCUAGGCGAAGUUAUUCAGUGGCUGGCCCGAACAGCUUGUGGCACAUAGAUGGUCACCAUAGUUUAAUCACCUGGGGGUUUGUUAUGCAUGGUUGCAUUGACGGUUACUCGCGUUUAAUUUGCUUUUUAAAGUGUGCAACCAAUAACAGGUCGGAAACUGUGGAAAGAUUAUUUUUGCAAAGCGUUGGGAAACAUUCAUGGCCUUCACACAUCCGCACGGACCAUGGGGGUGAGAAUGUUUUGGUUUGGCAACAAAUGA